AUGCCGUCCGUCACCACGAAUGGGACGACUCCCAAUGGCACAGCUCCCAGUGCUGGCCUCUCUGCCAACGACAACAUCCGCCGCUUUGCAGCUCCCAGCCGGCCUCUGAGCCCUCGUGCUGAGCACACUCUCUUCCACGACAAGACAAGAUGCUUUGUUUACGGUCUCCAACCUCGGGCCGUCCAAGGCAUGCUCGAUUUCGACUUCAUCUGCAAACGCAAGACUCCCUCCGUUGCAGGCAUUAUCUACACCUUCGGUGGACAAUUCGUCAGCAAGAUGUACUGGGGCACCAGCGAGACGCUGCUGCCAGUCUACCAAGACGUAAGCAAGGCCAUGGCCAAGCACAGCGAUGUCGACACCGUAGUCAAUUUUGCGUCGUCACGGAGUGUAUACAGCUCGACCAUGGAGCUCAUGGAAUACCCACAAAUCAAGUCAAUUGCUAUCAUUGCUGAGGGUGUCCCGGAGAGGCGUGCGCGUGAGAUUUUGCAUGUUGCCAAGAAGAAGGGUAUUACCAUCAUCGGUCCUGCGACAGUCGGCGGCAUCAAGCCCGGAUCUUUCAAGAUUGGCAACACUGGUGGUAUGAUGGACAACAUUGUCGCAUCCAAGCUCUACCGCAAGGGGUCAGUAGGAUAUGUUUCCAAGUCCGGUGGCAUGUCCAACGAGCUCAACAACAUUAUCGCCAACACAACAGAUGGCGUCUACGAGGGUGUUGCUAUUGGCGGUGACAGAUACCCCAGCACAACCUUCAUUGACCACCUGCUCCGAUACGAGGCCGAUCCUGAAUGCAAGAUCCUGCUUCUAUUGGGAGAAGUUGGAGGUGUUGAGGAAUACCGAGUUAUCGAAGCGGUGAAGACCGGAAAGAUCACAAAGCCAAUUGUCGCCUGGGCCAUUGGAACUUGCGCAAGCAUGUUCAAGACCGAGGUUCAAUUCGGACACGCUGGUUCAUUCGCCAACUCUCAGCUCGAGACUGCUGCAAUUAAGAAUAAGUCAAUGAAGGAGGCCGGUUUCUUCGUCCCAGACACCUUCGAAAAUAUGCCACAAGUGCUUGCUCAAGUCUACCAAAAGCUUGUCAAGAAUGGCACCAUUGUGCCUCAACCCGAACCCGUUGUUCCAAAGAUUCCUAUCGAUUACUCAUGGGCUCAAGAACUCGGUCUCAUCCGAAAGCCUGCUGCUUUCAUCUCAACAAUCUCCGAUGACCGUGGACAAGAACUCUUGUAUGCCGGUAUGCCAAUCUCCGAUGUCUUCAAAGAGGAUAUCGGUAUCGGAGGAGUGAUGUCAUUGCUUUGGUUCCGUCGCCGUCUGCCAGACUAUGCUAGCAAGUUCCUCGAAAUGGUGCUUAUGUUGACUGCCGAUCACGGUCCAGCUGUUUCUGGUGCCAUGAAUACGAUCAUCACCACCAGAGCAGGAAAAGAUCUCAUCAGUGCGCUAGUCAGUGGUCUCUUGACCAUUGGAUCACGAUUUGGUGGUGCUCUUGAUGGUGCAGCCGAGGAGUUCACAAAGGCGUUCGAUAAAGGUCUCAGCCCACGUGACUUCGUCGACACCAUGCGCAAGCAGAACAAGCUCAUCCCCGGAAUUGGCCACAAGGUCAAGUCUCGAAAUAACCCCGAUCUGCGAGUUGAGCUUGUCAAGGAGUUCGUCAAGAAGCGCUUCCCCAGCUGCAAGAUGCUGGAUUAUGCUCUUGCUGUCGAGUCGGUCACAACGUCCAAGAAGGACAAUUUGAUCUUGAACGUCGAUGGUGCCGUGGCUGUCUGCUUCGUUGACUUGAUGCGCAACUGUGGAGCAUUUAGCGCAGAGGAGGCCGAGGAUUACCUCCAGAUGGGUGUCUUGAACGGUCUGUUCGUUUUGGGCCGAAGCAUUGGUUUGAUUGCCCAUUAUCUUGACCAGAAGAGACUCCGUACCGGCCUGUACAGACAUCCCUGGGAUGAUAUCACUUACCUUCUCCCAAGUUUGUCGUCGGGUGCACCAGGUGCCGAGGGCCGUGUUGAGGUGCAAAUGUAG